AUGAUGAUCUCUUUUCAUUCUGUUUUACAAUAUAUAUACUGGUAUAUAAGGCCGAUAAUUAAGUGGUUCCUUAGAAAAACGACAAAACUAUGCGAACUUCAAAGAAUAUGUUAUGGUGAAGUAUCUGGUGCUCCGAGGACUUUGGCUGUUGAGGCAUCACUUUUACAAUCUAGAAAUCCGUCCAUUAGAGAACUUCAUUGUUAUCAAAAAAAUCACAAUGCAAAAUCUUACAGACGUGCUUUACAGCAUGGUUUAGAAACUGUGAUACGUUUUAAAAAAAUAAAUCCUCAAGUACAUAUUCGAUUUUUUAUGUCUUUUGCAAAAUGUUUAGAACAAAUUUGGAGUUAUGAUAAUUUAGUUAGGACAAUCGAAGAAUUAAGAAGAACUAAUUAUGAUUUCAGUAAUGAAAAUCAUGAAAAAAAAUUAUUAAAAUUGUGGAAUUUAUUAGUUCCAGAUGUUAAAUUAAACAAUAGGGUUACCAAACAAUGGCAAUUUAUAGGAUUUCAGGGUGAUGAUCCUAAAACAGAUUUUAGGGGAAUGGGCAUAUUGGGAUUAGAAAAUUUAUUAUUUUUCGCUUCCGAAUACAGUAACAUUGCUCAAAAAAUUUUAUUAAAGUCUCAACAUCCUACGCAGGGUUAUGCUUUUGCAAUUGUAGGUAUUAAUUUAACUCACUUAACUUAUCAUUUAGUAAAAGAUGGAGCAGCUAAAACUCACAUGUUUAAUGCUACCAGAUCUCCUUUAUCAAUUCGUACUUUUCAUCAGCUUUACAGUUAUCUAUAUAUUGAAUUUGAUCAUUUUUGGACCAUAUCAAAGCCGAAUAAUAUAAUGGAUUUUAGUUUUAUAAGGGAUAAAUUUGAAAAAAAUAUUAGGGAAGAAUUAAAAAAUCCGUUAACUUUGUUUAAGGUGAAAAUUGUCGUGGACGAUGUGUGA